AUGUCUCAAACACUCAUAGUUACGAUCAAGACCGUCAAGGCGAGCGAUCCCCUCCAUUCGAAGCUUGAAAUUCACAAUUCAGUUCUAUAUAGGCCAGAUGAAAGGACAGAGAGAUGCGAGCCAUAUUUAGUUGUUCCAAGCCAGGGUCUCGCUCACGCAGUGUAUGAAACUCGAGCUGAUCGUGACAGCCAGGACGAUCACUCCCUUGAUCCGCCCACCAAAACCGAUGUCGGCUUGAACCGGUGUUCAACGACCAGGCAAGCAUGGAGGACAGCCCCCUCCCCAGGAGUCGAGGUCGACCACUCAAACCGCAAUUCGAAAAUACAAACGCUCGGGGAGGGGUUAGCAGAGGCGCCGCUCUCUUCAAACAAAAACGUUCAUUCAAGACAUUAUUCUGCACCCAGCCUUCUGGGGUCGAUCUCCCUCCCCAGAGAGAUCGGCUCGAGCGCACGAAUCACAAUCUACUUGUCGUCUCUGACAAGCAAGUCAGACACUCGACGUUCUGUGCCUGCCUCAUCGCCACACAAGUUCUUGUUUGGCACCAAGCAAAGCCCACCAAAGAAGGGAGAGAAGGAUAUGAACGAUGCCGACGAGCCUGAUCCAUAG